UGGGAGGGGCUUGUUUGUUGACAGGAAGCGUGUUGAGCAGAAGUUUUCGGUGAAGAGUUGAUUUGUGAUCUAUCAAUGACAAAUGAGUCUCCUCUGGCGCUGUGUGAACUCAAAGUAUGCGUUUUAAGACCGAGCCGCGGCAAAGAUGCAAUGGCGGUCACUCGUAGUUGGUCUAGUGGUGCUUCGGCUGUCUGUUAGCUGUGUGUUGUGGCUCGCCUUCGGACCGGAGCACAGCGAUAGCUCGGACGUCAGCCGCCCCAAAGCUGAGCUCCUGUCCAGGAAUGAGGGGACCGGCGGCAACACAUGUGCGAAGGUCGAAGGAGAGCUCCCCCAAAGAGCCUACCUGAGCUUCUUUGACGACCACACGGACGAUUACGUGCGGAGAUACGGCUCCUUCUCGGACGUGCUGAAAGCAGCUAUGAAGGAAAAGGCCAGAAGCAUGUUCUACUUCGGUUAUGAUAAUUACAUGAAAUAUGCUUUCCCCAAGGACGAACUCAACCCAAUUGACUGCGAAGGGAGAGGCCCUGAUGUUCAGAACCCCUCAAACGUGAACAUAAAUGACGUCUUGGGGAACUACUCUCUCACACUCAUAGACUCCUUGGACACCCUGCUGUGGUCUGACGUGGUACACUUCUGCUGUUUUUGUUCUGCUUGUUGUCUGGUGGCUCCUGUGGAAAAAGCUGUUUAUAUCAGCGGACCAGACACGUUACAACAACAUCACGUGACAACCUCUGAGGAAAGCAACAGUUGUCACCGAAGCCGUCAGGUGCUUGGCAACGUGACCGAGUUCCAGAGUGCUGUCAAGUUGGUGAUUGACACGGUGUCCUUUGACAAGGACUCCACUGUGCAGGUUUUUGAGGCAAACAUCAGGAUCUUAGGAAGCCUUAUCUCAGCUCACAUUCUGCUAACGGACCCCAAACAUCCUUUUGGGAGGGUUGGCUUUGAUGGUUACAACAACCAGCUGCUGCACUUGGCUCAUGACUUGGCUGUUCGUCUUCUGCCGGCCUUUGAAAACACAAGCACAGGCAUCCCUUACCCCAGGGUAAACCUAAAGACCGGAGUCCCGUCCGGUAGCAUGAACGAGACGUGUACAGCAGGAGCCGGAUCUCUGCUUGUGGAGUUUGGAAUCCUGAGCCGCUUGACCGGAGAUUUCACUUUCGAGUCGGUCGCACGACGAGCCGUCAGAUCGCUUUGGAAACUGAGGAACAAUCAGACAGGAUUGCUAGGAAGCAUUGUCAACAUCCAAACCGGCCAGUGGGUGAGCCAGCAGAGCGGCCUCGGUGCCGGUAUGGACUCCUUCUACGAGUACUUGCUCAAGGCCUACAUCCUGUUUGGCGAGAAGGACGACUACAGAAUGUUCCAGGCAGCUUGGGCCAGCAUACAUAACCACCUGAGGAGAGGGCGGGAGUCGUGCAACGAAGGAGAAGGCGACCCGCCCAUGUACGUGAACGUGAACAUGAUGAGUGGCGAGAUCAUGAACACUUGGAUCGAUUCCCUGCAAGCCUUCUUUCCUGGGCUGCAGGUUUUAAAUGGCGAUGUAGAAAAUGCAAUUUGCCUCCACGCCUUCUACUACGCCAUCUGGAAGCGCUUUGGAGCUUUGCCAGAAAGGUACAACUGGCAGCGGAAGGCUGCGGAUGUCCUCUUUUACCCACUGAGACCUGAGCUGGCUGAAUCCACCUACCUGCUGUACCAGGCAACCAAGAACCCUUUCUACUUGCACGUUGGUAUGGAUAUUAUUCAGAGCCUUGACAAAUAUACCAAAGUCAGAUGCGGGUACGCCACCCUACAUCACGUUGUGCACAAAUCCAAAGAGGACCGCAUGGAGAGUUUCUUCCUCAGCGAGACCUGCAAAUAUCUUUUUCUGCUUUUUGACGAGGACAACCCGCUUCACAAGUUGGGCAACAAGUACAUCUUCACAACAGAAGGUCACCUGAUGCCAGUUGACAAGCGCUUCCGGGAGAAUCGAUGGAAGGACAGAAGUCCAUGUGAAGACAAAGACGCGCCAGUGGAGAAGCCGUUUAACGAGCAGCUCGUCCAGAACACCAGCAAUUGCAACAGGAUCCCGGAGGCGCGACGCUACACGCUGCCCCUGAAGAGCGUCUACAUGAGGCAGAUUGAUCACAUGGUCGGCCUGCACUGACAGUGUGGUGAUGUUGUUGCUGCGCGCGCGCGCGCACACACACACGCGAAUGCGUAUACACUUACACUACACAUUAAUACACGCGCACACUGUGAGUAUAUUUGCUGAGGAUCCAGACUGAGUUAAGACACCGGGACCAUUUAUUUUACUGUUUAGGUUGUGUGAGUAUUUGGAGUGUACGCGUAUGUUUGGAAGUGUGUGUGUGUGUGUUAGGGCGCGAGUGAAUUAGGGUAACCGUGUCGUCCUCCUGUACAACAAAUGGCGUAAUGUGUUGUUUAGUGCCUUGCUCGUUAUCACGAGGGCUUCAUCACAGGGACACUAGUGCAGUGUGUGCAAGUUUUAAAGUGGGCUUGUUUAUUAACAUUUAUGGAUCGUAACUAUACAAAAGUGUGAUCAUGAGAGUAAGAGACCCGUCACUCAUGCUCUUAAAGUGCCUUUUUUUUUAAACGUAGCGUCAGGAGGUCUAACACGUUUUAAAUCGUGUUGCUCAAGUCGGUCGGUCUGUAUGCGUGUGUGUGUGUGCGCGCGUGCGUACGAGUGUGUGUUUGUGUGUUUUCACUUGUUUACAACUAAAUCAAGCCAUCAAUUUUCUUGUCUUCUUUUCGUCCACAUUUUUUCCAAGAGGAACAAGUAAAUUGACGGAUUUUAUUUGACUUGAUUGCACUUCUUCAUACCUGCUGAUCAUCUCAGGGUUUAAAGCAAAAACAAAUGAAAGAACAAUUUCACAAACAUAAUGUGUGUAGAAUAAUGAUUGCCUACAAUGCCAGCAGGUAUUUUUUCAUUGCAAAGCUUGUGCGUUUAUUUGAUGAUUAAAAUUUAAAUUACUGAUAA